AUGGGAAAGAAUCAGCAGUACAAGGCGGCGCAACGAGCCAAGUCGAUGAGCCGUGGGGGUGGCGGUGGUGGCGGCGACGAGGAGAGCAGUGAUGGAAUGAUUGAUGGAUCCUUCCAUUCUCCAGCAUGGCAUGCUGCACGCCUGGCAGCCUUGCAGACGACCAACACGCUCACGUGGGAGGAGUGGAAGGCUCAACGAAAGGAGGAGGCGAGGAAACAGCAGGAAAUGGAGGGUUUUGAGGAGGUGCGGAUGAAGGAGUACCGGGCACAAUUGGACAGCGAGCGAGAAGCGAGGCUGUCGCGAGGACGAAAUCACGCAGAUAAACGCGGGAAGCUAAAAAAGAACAAGGACAAAGAUAAGAGCAAGAAGAAGAAGAAGAGCAAGCGCAAAAAGGGUGGCUCUGAAAGUGACUCAAGCAACUCGAGCAGCAGCGAGGAUGACAGCGACAAGAAGAAGAAGAAAAAGAAGAAAUCUAAGAAAGAUCCAGAUGCUUUGAGCAGUGCAAGUGAGGAGGAGGAAGGUCCGGUUCGGCUAUCUUCCUUCCUAGAGAAGGGAGAUGACGACCUUCCAGGGUCUGACGAUGAGGAUGAGCCGCUGCCGGCUAAAAGUAAAGAGAAGGGCGGAGAUUUAUCAAGCAUUUUAGCCGAAGCAAAGAGAAGAGCGGAGAUUGGGGCUCACAUGGUGGCUGAAGUAAAGAAGGCUGAUUUGAUCCAGUCUGGCCUUCCCUCCUGA